CGGUGGCCUCGCUGCUCCACGUAGUAGCUGGCUAGGCUGCCAGCUGUGGUCAGGGCUGCCGUAUAAAUAGGGCAGGAGAAUAUAUAGGGCGGGAGACUCAAGUGCCGCCGACAACUUCCUGCUGCCUCCAGCCCGGCAUCCAGGCAUCCCGGCCAUGGCCCGUGCGACGCUCCUGCUCAGCAUCAGCCUCCUGGCCGGCCUGCUGCCGGCGCUGGCCGCCUGCCCCCAGAACUGCCACUGCCACAGUGACCUGCAGCACGUCAUCUGUGACAAGGUGGGGCUGCAGAAGAUCCCCAAGGUGUCUGAGAAGACCAAGCUGCUCAACUUGCAGCACAACAACUUCCCGGUGCUGGCUGCCAACUCGUUCCGCACCAUGCCGAACCUGGUGUCGCUGCACCUGCAGCACUGCCAGAUCCGAGAGGUGGCCGCUGGUGCCUUCCGGGGUCUCAAGCAGCUCAUCUAUCUGUACCUGUCCCACAACGACAUCCGCGUGCUGCGCCCUGGCGCCUUCGACGACCUGACGGAGCUCACCUACCUCUACCUGGACCACAACAAAGUGACCGAGCUCCCCCGAGGGCUGCUGUCCCCUCUGGUUAACCUCUUCAUCCUGCAGCUCAACAACAACAAGAUCCGAGAGCUGCGGGCAGGCGCCUUCCAGGGUGCCAAGGACCUGCGCUGGCUCUACCUGUCAGAAAAUGCACUCAGCUCCCUGCAGCCCGGAGCCCUGGACGACGUGGAGAACCUGGCCAAGUUCUACCUGGACAGGAAUCAGCUGUCCAGCUACCCAGCUGCCACCCUGAGCAAGCUGCGCGUGGUGGAAGAGCUGAAGCUGUCACACAACCCGCUGAAGAGCAUUCCCGACAACGCCUUCCAGUCCUUCGGCCGCUACCUGGAGACCCUGUGGCUGGACAACACCAGCCUGGAGAAGUUCUCAGACAGUGCCUUCCUGGGUGUGACCACGCUGAAACAUGUCCAUCUGGAGAACAACCGCCUGAAUCAGCUGCCCCCCACCUUCCCCUUUGACAACCUGGAGACCCUCACCCUCACCAGCAACCCCUGGAAGUGCACCUGCCAGCUCCGGGGCCUUCGGCGGUGGCUGGAGGCCAAGACUUCUCGCCCGGAUGCCACCUGCACGUCACCUGCCAAGUUCAGGGGCCAGCACAUCCGUGACACAGAUGCCUUCCGAAGCUGCAAGUCCCCCACCAAGAGGUCCAAGAAAGCUGGUCGUCAUUGAACAGGUUCCGACCCGGCCAGUCCUGGUGACCGGCCUCUGCCUUCUGCUGGAGAAACUACUGACCUCCCACCGCCACUCCCACCGCCUCCCUCAGCCUCUGCCACCACGUCCUGGAAGGCCGCCUGAUGGGCCCAGAGAGGUCACAGACCGCUGCCCCCACCAGCCAUCCCGCCCAGCCCCGCCCGGGCUCCUCUCAGAGAAGCCUUUUGCUGACCCCAGACUGAGAGUGAGGUGAUCCUCGGACUCACGCUCCCCUCCCCUACCAUUUGGAGACAAACAUCAGACCCUGUCCCAGCCCAACUCCACCGGCCCCCGCCCGCCAGGACGUCUAACAGGACAUCAGGGCUUCGCCGCAUAGCCUUCCAUACUGCGUUUCUGCCCCAGAUUUCUAUAAAAAUAAAUUUAUGUCUGUAUAACAUCAACUCCCCCGUCCCCUCUCUCUAGGCCUUGCCAGGUGCUGGGGAGGUCAGAUGUCUCCCGCCUCUGCUUUCCCCAGAGAGGGCCACCUGCAGUCACUGUCAUUCUCCUUCUCCUGCCCUUAGCCGGGCUCCGGCCACC